GUAAAUAGACGACAAGGCAGAUAGUUUUAUAAAAACUGUUGCGUAAAUUUCAGUUUCUAACCACCGAAUUUUAUUAUUUUAGGUCGCAGUGAAAUUAUUCCGUUGGUUUAUCGUAUAUCUUGUGAAGCUUAAAAUAAAGCCAUGAGUGACGAGAAAAAUAGUAAACCAGGCCAGGAGGUCAAAAGUGAAGGAAGUGACCACAUAAACUUGAAAGUAACAGGAUCUGAUGGUUCUGUGGUACAAUUUAAAAUAAAAAGACACACCCCUCUGAGGAAGCUCAUGCAAGCUUACUGUGAUAGACAGGGCCAAUCUAUGAGUUUGAUACGUUUCCGAUUUGAUGGACAAGCGAUAAAUGAAAAUGAUACUCCGAACAAGCUUGAAAUGGAAGAUGAAGACACCAUUGAUGUUUUUACCCAACAAACUGGAGGUCGACGGUCCUGAAAAUUUUAUUGCAAUAUAAACUCUUCACCAUGAGGAGCAAAAGCUUGCUUUGUCAGAUUUCAACAAAACUUUGACUUCACUAGUUCAAUUCCAGUCUUAACAACUUGUGUAAACAAUUCAUUUUGUGUUCAAAUUGCAGAAGAUGGUUUUAAUCUUUCUGUUUUGUGUAUUUCUAGCGGUUUUUGCCGUCACUUUGUUCUGUUUAUUGUUAUCCCAUGUUCUGCGCAGACUUUUUCUGUCUGCUAAAAAUGAAACAGCCGCAUAUAUGAACUAUUGCUAUCUCCAAGCGAUCUCAACAACAGAAUACGAACUAAAAGCAUUACAGCUGUAAACAUGGAAAAUCUAUAAAUUAUAAAAACAAAAACUGAUCUGCAUCUGUUGGGUUUAAAAUACAAAUAAAUGAAACUUGUAAAUAUAA